AUGGUUAUUCUCAGCUCCGUCACGAAAUGGCUCCUGGCUGCGUCUGCGAGCCUUGCGCUGGCAGCUCCCUCACCGCCCCCGAAGUUUGACAAGCGAUAUGUCGAGGUUCGCGAUGAUAUCACUUACAAUGUGUUUGAGCAUGUAGCCACAGGCACCAAGAUGUCUUUUGUGAAUAACUCUGGGAUCUGCGAGACCACUCCUGGCGUCAAUCAGUAUUCUGGCUAUCUCAGCGUUGGUACUAAUAUGAACAUGUGGUUCUGGUUCUUUGAGGCCCGAAACAACCCGACCACCGCGCCACUGGCCACUUGGUUCAACGGUGGCCCCGGCUGCAGUUCCAUGAUUGGUUUGUUCCAAGAGAACGGACCGUGUCAGUUCUACAAUGGCGUUUCUACCCCAUCAUUGAAUCCGUACAGCUUCAACGAGUACGCCAACAUGAUUUAUGUUGACCAGCCUAUUGGCACUGGCUUCUCAUAUGGGACUGACACCGUGACGUCGACCGUGACUGCUGCACCAUUCGUCUGGAAGUUCUUACAGGCGUUCCUUGCCCAGUUCCCGCAAUAUGAAAGCCGGGACUUUGGUAUCUUCACCGAAAGUUACGGCGGGCACUAUGGCCCAGAGUUUGCCGACUAUAUCGAAACACAGAACACGGCAAUUGCUAAGGGCACUGUCCAGGGAGAGAAGAUUAACCUCGUCGCCUUAGGUAUCAACAAUGGCCUGAUGGAUGAGACAAUCCAGUACAAGGCCGACAUUGACUUUGCCUACAACAACUCAUAUCGAUCGCUCAUCACUGCCUCUCAGUAUAAGUCGCUGAACAGUGCAUACACGUCGAAAUGCCUACCUCUGCUGCAGAAAUGCACCGGACUCACCGGUACUGAUUCUGCUUGUGAGCAGGCAUUCGACACGUGCGACAGCGACAUUGAUGAAGUCAUCUACUCGAGCGCAGACUUUGACCCGUACGAUGUGCGGUCUGGAAGCAACGACCCGAACCCGCCUGAGACAUAUACUACAUAUCUUGCACGGGCCGAUGUCAAGAAGGCUAUCGGAGCAUCGAGCACGUACCAAGAAUGCCCCAAUUCGGUCAACCAAAAGUUCUUCACUACCGGGGAUUAUCCUCGCUCGUUCGUGAGCACCCUGUCCAAGGUGGUUCAGUCCGGCGUUCGGGUGCUUCUCUGGGCUGGCGAUGCCGACUUCAUUUGCAACUGGAUUGGGAACCUGAAUGUCGCAAACGCUGUGACCUACGACGGAUCUACAUCUUUCAAGGCGAAGGCUUUGGCACCGUAUACGGUAGAUGGUGGCGAGUUGGGACAAUUCAAGUCCGUCGAUAACCUCAGCUUCAUUCGGGUAUACAAGGCCGGCCACGAAGUCCCAUACUAUUCGCCAAAGCUAGCACUGCAAGCUUUCACGCAAACCAUGCAGGGCAAAGCUGUGUCCUCGACCUAA